AAUUGGAUAGAAAAUUAAUACGCUUUAUAUAUUGACUGAUGUCUUUUGGAAUGCUAUAACCUGGUAUCGUUUAAUUUUGGCUUAUAUUUUAUGCGUAGGUAUGAGGUUAUUUUUCAUUAAAGAUUUUCGUAAGCAAUGGAUAAACUUGGUAUCAUGUAUUAUAAUUCUCAAAACUUCGUUCCAGGAUGUUAUAUGUCUACUUUUGAAUCUAAGAAGCGUCUUUCGUCAGCUGAAAAACAACGACGCUACCGGGCAAAGCGUAAAAAUGACCCUGUAAAGGAGGAAGCAGCUAAAAGAAGAAAUCUUGAGAGAUACCAUGCGAAUAAAUGCUUGGUAAAAGAUUUAACAGGACUUGAACAUCGUGCAAUCAAAGAGAUUUGGCGGUCUGCGAGUGCUAGAAAGAGAGAUAAAACCAAGACUCAAGAUAUUUACAAAACGACUUCAGAUUCAUAAUCUUCGGGUUUUAUUUAUCCAUACCAUAUAGGUUACUAGUUGAUACACACUAAUCAGCACAUGGAUCACUUACUGGGUUAUCGCCCAUUUUUUAUAUAAU